CUGAAAAAAAUCUUAUGUAGACUAGGUCUUGAGAGCACUUGAUUACAUGCAGAAGUACGGGACACAUGGAGGACAGCUGACUGGACUACAAAGGGGUAUUUGGGCUUGGCCAUGGAACCGAUAUGGUUGUUACUGUUGUUGUCAGCUUACCAGUUGCCAGUGGGUGCACAGUUUAAUGGAUACAAUUGUGAUGCCAACCAUCAUAGCAGAUUUCCAGCGGAAAGAGAUAUAAGUGUCUAUUGUGGAGUGCAGACAAUUACAAUGAAGAUAAACUUUUGCACAGUUCUUUUUUCUGGUUAUUCAGAAACAGAUUUAUCACUUAAUGGGAGACAUGGAGAUGCACAUUGCAGAGGAUUCAUAAAUAACAACACUUUUCCUGCAGUGGUCAUUUUUACCAUCAACCUCGGCACCUUGGAAUCUUGUGGAAAUAGCUUAGUGGUGUCAACUGUACCAGGAAUCAAUGUUUAUGGGAAUGCAUCAAUGGUACAAAUAGGAAAUGUUUCUGGAUAUAUAGAUACACCAGACCCUCCAACAAUUAUUAGCUAUCUUCCGGGACUGCUAUAUAUGUUUAGCUGCAGUUAUCCAUUGGAGUAUUUGGUAAACAACACUCAGCUUGCAUCAUCUUCAGCCGCUAUUUCUGUACGAGACGGUAAUGGUACAUUCAUCAGCACAUUGAAUUUACUCCUCUAUAAUGAUUCAACCUACAGUCAGCAGCUGUUAAUUCCAAGCACUGGAUUACCAUUGAAAACAAAAAUAUAUGCAGCAGUGAGAGCAACCAACCUUGACGGACGGUGGAAUGUUUUAAUGGAUUACUGCUACACCACCCCUUCUGGGAACCCAAAUGAUGACAUCAGAUAUGAUCUCUUCCUCAGCUGUGACAAAGACCCGCAGACAACUAUUUUUGAAAAUGGCAAAAGUCAGAUGGGGAGAUUUUCUUUUGAAGUGUUCCGAUUCGUGAAGCAUAAGAACCAGAAGAUGUCCACUGUGUUCUUACACUGUGUAACAAAGUUGUGCAGAUCAGAUGACUGCCCUUACCUAACACCUAUGUGCCACAACAGAGAAAGAAGAGAUGUACAUACACGGACUACAUUUGCCCCUCAAAGUCUUUCUGGAAAUGCUGUUGUAUCUGCUGGACCCAUUAUUACAAGAAGUGAUGAAACACCAACAAACAACUCUCAGCUUGCUCAACCACAUAGUCCACAGUUUCAGAUGAAUUCGGUAACAAGCGCACUUAUCUCAGGAGUAGUUAUUCUUGGUGUCACCAGCUUCUGCUUCUUCAUAAUCUCCCUUGCCCUACUGAACAGAAAGAAGAAAAACAGUUUGGUUUUAUGCGGUAUACAUAACCCAGCUUUCAACUGAAGAAACAUUUUGCACUCAUAUUUAAUUAUCAUUUUAACCUCAUCAUGUACAGUAAAAUUACACUGUGUGGAUUUUUUCCCUAACAUGUUAUCCUAAAGAUUUUUUGAAUUUAUAUUUUGAUAAGCGCACUGUGAUACAUUGAUGAAUACAAUUAUUGAAAUCUAAACGUAGCUCUUUUUAGAUGUGAAUUACCAUGUUCAAGAUAUUCUUCCUAAGCGUUUCAUCUAUUUACAAGCAAUAACCCAGUAAUUCUAACCAAUAUAUUAGACAACGCUCCAAUUAAGAGUAACAUGAUACUUUGUUAUACUAGACAUGCCUUGAUAUGUACAGUAGUUCUAAACUUUUAAUGAUCAGAUAUCUGUAUAAUUUUAAUUUGCAGUUUUCAUUUGAUCAUUUGGUCACUUACAUUAAUCGGUUUCAGGAAAUGAGCUUUUUAAAGUACAAAAAUUAACAUUAACAAUGAUGAUUUUGAAAACACAGCCAUUCCAAUCAGGACGGUUGUGGUACUUUACCUGUACAUAAAGGACUUGUGUGGCCUCUUACAGAGGUCAGUAGCAAUGCUAAACAAGAUGUCUUUGAGCCAUUAUUACAUAGUGCUCAAUCCAGUCCUAUUUUAAGUGAAUAUAUCUUCUAUUUAAAUAAAUGUGUAUCAAGUGUAGUCACCUCUGUAUUAUUGCAAUAAUCACAUCAAUAAAAAUAUAUAUUUAUAAGUGUAUGCGUGCGUGCAUGUGUGUGUGUGUAUAUGUGUGCAUGUGUGAAGAACAUUAAUAAAAUAGGUAAUACAAUAGCAAAGACAUGGUAGGAAAUAAUUACUAUAAAAAAUACACUAACAAUUGUUAAUCCUAUGCAUGCAGUUUAAUCAAAACAGAGAACAAAAAAUAGAGAUGCAUGUGUUUAUUGUACUGUUUCUGUUUAAAUAAGCUGUGAAGGUUUUACUUACUGCUAUAUAUGAAUGUGUCUAAGCUUUUAGCUGUACUGUAUCUUAGAGAAAUUAUAGAAUGCAGAGAUCUUACUUAAAUAUUUUAAGCACAUCACCAAAUAUCAAUCUCUGUUUU